UUUCUGCUCCACACAAUAACAACACCCCGUAUGCGGGCGCAUGUUUUGACAGGUUCGCGGGGUGCUCGGCGGUGCAGAAAAAAAAACAGUGAAAAAUACCGGCAAACGGUACAACACGGCAGCAGCAUGAGCCACUGAAAAAGAAGCAGCAUCCGCGUGUUAGCUUUGCAUAGUUUUGCCUUUGAAUUGCUCAAUCGAAACCACCGCCAUGUGGUGCUGCCGGGCGGUUCGAUACGCCUCGAGCGGAACGGUCCGCCGUGCGGCGUCGAGCGAUGCCAGCGCACAGAACGUCUGCCUCAGUCUCGUUAGGAACCACGACAAGGAGAACUUUCUCUGCACGCUGCUGCUGAAGAAUCCGGAGCGGCGCAGCGCGCUGGCCGUGCGCGCCUUCAACGUGGAGGUGGCGAAGGUGAGCGAGAAGGUGUCGGCCGGCAAUGUGGGCGUGAUGCCGCUCAAGUUCUGGGAAGACACCGUCACCAGGCUGUACCGGGCGCCGGACGGGGACGCCCGCACCGUGCCGGACCAUCCCGUCAUCCGCGAGCUGCACCGGGCGGUCCGCGAGCACAAGCUGUCCAAGCGCUACCUGCAGCGGCUGGUGACCGCGCGGGCCAACUCGAACCUGCACUUCGUCACGGUGAAGCAGCUGGAGGACUACGCGGAGCAGGCGGUGGCGAGCGUGCUCUACCUGCUGCUCGAGGUGCACGGCACGCGCAACGUGCACUGCGACCAUGCCGCGUCCCAUCUCGGCAAGGCGCAGGGCAUCGUGAACCUGCUCCGCUCGCUGCCGUACCAGACGCGCCGCAGCGCGGUGCCGAUCCCGCAGGAGCUGCUGAUGGCGCACGGCGUCAACCAGGAGCGGAUGGUGCGCAACCGGCCGGACGACAAGGGCGUGGAGGAGGUGACGUUUGCGCUGGCCAGCGUCGCCUUCCGCCAUCUCGAGACGGCCAAGGGGCUGAUCCGGACGGUGCCGCGCCCGGUUCGGCCCAUCUUUCUCCCCUGCGUCAGCAUCGAGCGGUACCUGCACCGGUUGCGGCUCGCCCGCUUUCACCUGACGGACGCGAGCGUGAUGCGCACCGAUUCGCUGCUGCCGCUCGUGCUGUACUGGCGCAAGCUGCGCGGGAACUACUGAGCCGCUCUACUGAGCAGCUCGUAGCAUACAUUUGUUGGUUAGUUGUGUAGAAUAAAUUAAGCAAAGGAAGCAAUAACAACAAGAACAAAAAAGCACACUUGUGACGCGAUCCGCUGAAAUGAAUCACUACAACCCGGACAAACAAACAAACAAAUCGAUCGGGGCGCUGGGCAUUACGUAAAUCCGCGCCGUCACACAUACACCGCCGUACAAUGUUGCGCCAACCUGGAAAGCCGGUUGGCCGUGAUCGAGAACUCGCGCUUGUUGUUGUAGAUGUUGUUGUUGCAUCGGUCACUAUUUUCAACUCUUCUGGUCAGUCGAACGGUGCACGCCGUGGGAUAAAAAUACCCAUAAAACAACCUUUCACUGCGCAAUGGAGUUCAGGCAUAUCACCUACUUCAGCGUUCCCUUCUUGGAAAGGCCUGUGCACUCAUUGCACAUAAAGUUUAAUUUUCAGACAACAUAAAAAGAGAAGCGAAAUUGAAUAUAUUUCCCUGAUUUGAAUUUGCAAUCUUUCGAGGAUGAACGAGUUACGUCUUUUCCGGGCGCACUUGUGUUUUGGUUUCUUUCGAUUUCACUCUCUCUCUCUCUCCCUUACCCUCCAAUAGUUGGUUGACAUGCAAAAUUGCGCGCAGAAAAUAGUUCAAGGACCUUAGAAGCUGGACCAGAGCAGAUUUUACUGGAUGUCCCAUGCGCUCAUCCGUUGUUUGUUGCAAAGGAUUCAUCCUGGAAUUACGUAACGCGUCUUAAAGAGGAGGGGACAUUCUGGACACUUGAAAUGUGCUACUCUGCAUGCGGUAGCGCCAUAAUAGACCAUCCGGGUGUUGAUUUUUCUUAAUAUUUGUCUUGCUAUUGUAACAUGAUUUAUUGACUGUGCUCCAUAUAUGUUUCAACUGGUCACACAUUUUUUUUGCUGCUUCCCAAGAUGAUUGGAUUUGUUAAAAUGAGGCUAUUAAUCAAAGAAAACAAUCAAACCAUGGGAAACACUGUAUCUCUCAUAGUUCCUAUCGAAGGGAACCUAAAUUAAGAGCGUUGAACAUUCAAUAACACAAACCUACGCAACACAGUGCGGUGGACGAUUACUGGAAACUUUGAUAUCCUCCUUUCCAUCGUCCUGUAACGUAGAUAACACAUUUAUCAGGAAAAAAAGAAAUUCCCUUAAUAGAAGAACACGCCUGCUCAAGGAUUUACGCUUGAAGUUAUGCACCUUUACUGGAAAUCUGAUGAGCUGACAAAAGUAUGAGAAUCUCACUGAUCGUCAAAUAAGCUAACUCUGCUUACUUCGAGCCAGCGUGAUAUGCGUCAUGGGCUGCAACAACCUUGCAACCUAUUUACCGGAAGCAUAUGGUAAUUCUUUACAUAAGAGAUCUCCCAACUUCUACUCACUGGCUAAGUGUGGCCCUUGCGAGGCCUUAUAAAGCUACCUGUGAAGAUUUAAUUUUACUUUUUUUUUAAAUGUAUGAGAAAACUGUAAUAUGAAGAAACUCAAAUAUGAGAAGUGCUGUAUUGUGGAGACCCCUGCUCUAGAUACUCAAGACCAUGGUGUACAGGAAUUGCAUUCUAAGAAUACACUCC